AGUUGUUCGUCUGGCAACGGCUUUGUGUUCGUCCAGAGUGAAAUAUCGUUUUGUUCGGUUCUGUUAGUGUAAAACAUGAAGAGGUCUCACCGUAAUCGUAACAGGAAAUCAGGAAAAGCAGAGACUAUUUCGUCUUUUGUGUACCCAUCAACGAUAAUUGUUAAGGUCUAUUUAAGGAAGAAGGAAGUAGGAAGUGUAGCAGGCCUUGCUAUGGAAGAACUCCAGUCAGCAAUUGCGCUGCAUGACAAGCGAACAGUGCAGGAUGUCGGUGGGGCUCAGCAGCCAACACUCCUUUCGUCACUACGGAGUGUCCUCUUCGUGAUAAGCUCGGCCCUCAUUGGUUUUGCUGCUUUCAGAAACACACUCACAUGGCAUCUGCAAAGAUUCUGGGGUGCUUCUGGUGAUUUCUGGCAGUCUUUGUGGGACAGGUUGCUUGAUGUUACAGGAGAAGAUCCAUUUACCUUUUGGGUGUAUGGGACGCCCAUACUUACAAUUGCUGUGUACUGGACGUUUGGUGGUAUUUACACGCUACUGGACAUUACAAACAAACCCGCUAUCUUGCGCAAGUAUAAGAUUCAGCCUGGAACAAAUGAACCAGUUGACCCAAAACGCCUGAUGCAGGUGAUAGGAUGGGUGCUUAUCAACCAGGCUGUUGUUGGUUUACCAGUCGCAUAUGUGUCAUACUUAAUGAUGAAGUGGAGGGGCUCUCCCCCAUUGAGAGAGUUACCUACAUUCCAUUGGGUUCUUGCUGAGAUGGCUGUGCACAUACUUAUGGAAGAGAUUGGCUUCUACUAUUCUCACAGGGUACUUCAUAGUCGCUACCUGUAUCGCUUCAUUCACAAGAGGCAUCACGAAUGGACGGCUCCGAUUGCCGUGACAGCAAUGUACUGCCAUCCAAUUGAGAGCAUAUUCUCAAAUAUGCUGCCUAUCUUCCUUGGAGUGUUCAUCAUGGGAUCACAUGUGGCCACUGCAUGGCUGUGGUUCUCAUUGGCAAUCUUGUCUACCCUCAACGCCCAUUCAGGCUACCAUCUACCAUUUCUUCCAUCACCUGAAUUUCAUGAUUUCCACCAUCUGAAAUUCAACCAAUGCUUUGGCGUGCUGGGUGUACUUGACCGCAUCCAUGGGACAGAUACUUCGUUCCGCAGUACUACAGCGUAUGCACGCCAUGUGAUGAUGCUCAACUUCACUCCCCCUCGUGAAGCGUUCCCCGAUGAAAGCAAAUGUAAAGCUAAGUAGUUAAGGAACUGAUGAGACUGCAACUGAAUGGACAGGGUGUUUUGUAACGCAGGAAAUGAACUAUAUGUAAAAACUUGUGUGUCCCUCUCUGCAGGACUGUGACAUACUUGGCAUUUCUUGGAGCAUCCAAUACUAUUUACUGUAAUGGAAGGGAAUGCAGGUUUUUAAAUAAAUUUCAGUACUACACUGAGGUUUACUUCUUAUUUAGCUGUGGUAAGACUAUGGUUGCUACAUUACUUGGCAAGUAGUUACGUGUAAAUCUAAAAAUGGAAGCGCUGGAGCAUUCUGGAAUUCAUUUCCAGUUUGAAAGAAACAGACACCAAUCAUGACAUGAAACUAUUCUUGCUGUUACAUAACAACAGCUUUACACUUUCAAAAAGAGAACUGAAAUGGGCAUACAUAAACAGAGUGACAAUUCAGCCUUGAUGAGGUCAGAAAUUAAACAAGACCAGCAAUGCGCACAUGUAGGACCAUGCGUUAUCUUACUCAUCGGUCUAAUGAUGCUAAGUUAUAAAAGCAAGUUACAUGUAUAAAAUUCCAGCCAUGACAUGUUGCACCAUCUGUCAUCAGACACACAGAUAAGUGUGGAUACAAGCUGUCAAGUGACACCUCCAUUGCCAUUCCUGCACCUUCUUUGCAAAUAACAUAGAAGCAUUGUUUAAGUGACCAGGAAUAGAUAAUUUAUGUUUCAUGUUACUGAUUUUAAAAUAGGUGCAGAAUGACACCUUGGCACCCAGAAAAGCACUGGGGCACUGCCCUUUGCUGCCAUGGCUUGACCACAUCCCUGCUAAUUACUGCCUUUCAGGAUAAUGGGUGAUUUAAAAUGUAAGGGGCAAUGAUAUGCGGAGAUCUAUUUAACGUGUUGAUGGAUGAGUGAGCACUGUCCAUCAUCUUAAAUGCAUUUAAAGUACACAGCAUUUCAAAAGCUGGUUCCACUUCGGUAAUAAGGUAUAAAUGAGGGGGAAAAGACCGUACUCAGUUGAGCCCAUUAGAAGCUGGACUUGAUCACUGCGCAAUGAAGGAAGUUUUAAACAGCAUGUAUAUUUUGUUACUGUCAUAUAUCAUAUGUGGGAGAGAGAAAUAAAAACAGCAAUAAAAUCAGUGAGGGGGGGUGCUUUUGUGUUACAGUUUUGAUAUCCUUAUUUUCCAUCAGCAUUUGCAUCAUUGUUAACUUGACAAGCACAUGGUCCAGCUGAUCGAGCUUUCCAUUUUCUCAGUUUGACCUGUCAUUAUGCCUUGUAACAAAACACUGUCAGAACAUCAGUGUAGUACGAAGAUUUGCUAGGAGAGAUGUUGUUUACACUGUAAAUAUAUUGCUUACAGCCAAGAUAUAUAUACAAUAUAGUAUGUUGACUGUGAAAGGUUUAUAUGUAUUUUAAUGUUAUAUUUUAUUAUAGUUAUUUACUUAUGAGAUUAUGUAAAUACAGUGUACCCUUGCCUUAUGGACAUUGUGUGGAAUUUUGGCAUAAUUUAAGAAAUUCAGAUCACACUAUUCAUGCAUCAGUGAUGUGAUGUAUAGGGAUGGCUUUUGGUGAGGUUUCUAUUCAUAUCUUAAUUUAGAGUGUGCAGUGAUGCCCAUAUUUAACAUGUUUUAUAUAUGUAUUAUUAUUUCUGGUGGGGUAAUACAGUGAUUUUAUUGUAGCUCUGACCUGGAAGAUUUUCUGUAGGAAUUCAUCUGUGAGGUUCAUGUUAUGGCAUUUCAUGAUACAGACAUUUACUUUUAAAAACACGUCCCUUCCAUAAUUUGGGGGCAUGCUGUGUUAGUCUGUAAUUUCUAUGUUUUAUAAAUAUUUCUUUGUAUUUUUUAUGGUAUAGUUUGCUGUGUUUAAUAAAUAUUUCUUUACAAAAUAUUUGAAUGCUUGUGGUCAUAUAACAUUAUAUACAUAUAAAAGCAUUGAAACGUAUUUUGGGUCAGUUUGAGAAGUAAAAUAAAUGUCAUAGCUUUUUGUCUAAAAUAUGUAAUUCAAAAAUUCUGAGAUGUAUGUUCCAGAUAGUAAAGAUGGUACAAGUGAUUUCUUGAA